UUUACGUCAAAUGUCAAAACAAAUAAGAUUUCGAAAAUAUUGAUUGAAUUAGAAAAAAAAGUGUAUUUAUUCUGCUAAAUACAAUAAUCAUAAAUAUUAAACCAUGAAUGUUAUAAAGGCACUAAAGAUGUAUAUCACAAAAAUGACUGAAGAGAGCGGUCCAGGCAUGAAAGUUAUUCUUAUGGAUAAGGAGACUACAAGUAUUGUGAGCAUGGUGUACAGUCAAACAGAAAUAUUACAAAAAGAGGUGUAUCUAUUUGAAAGGAUAGACAACCCGAGCAAAUUUGACAAUCUGAAGCACAUGAAAUGCAUUGUAUUUCUACGUCCAACUUCUGAAAACAUUGCUUUGUUGUCAAGAGAACUUCGAUGUCCUAAAUAUGGAGUUUAUUUCAUUUAUUUCAGCAAUGUGAUAUCAAAGGCUGACAUCAAGACGCUGGCAGAGUGUGAUGAGCAGGAGGCAGUGCGUGAGGUUCAGGAGGUGUUUGCUGACUAUUUAGCUGUGGAUAGACAUCUCUUCUCCUUCAACAUUGUUGGAUGUUUGCAUGGUCGUUCAUGGAAUCAGAACCACUUGCAGCGGGUAUCUCAGGGUCUGUUAGCGUUAGUGAUGUCGCUGAAGAAACGGGCGGUGGUACGCUACGAGGCGUCCUCGGAGCCCUGUGCGCGGCUUGCGGAGCGCGUUCGCGACCUGCUGCGCCGAGAGACAGUGCUCAUUGACAAUUCUAUACCGUUCAAUGGUGACGUGCCAACUCCGAUAUUACUUAUUAUUGAUAGGAGAGAUGAUCCUGUUACACCAUUGCUUAAUCAGUGGACGUACCAGGCAAUGGUGCACGAGCUGCUGGGCAUCAACAACAACCGUGUCAGUCUGGCACAUGUGCCCGAUGUACACAAAGACUUUAAGGAAGUAGUACUCUCCUCGGAACAGGAUGAAUUUUAUGCAAAGAAUCUGUACUCGAACUUUGGCGAGAUCGGACAAACUAUCAAAUCUCUGAUGGAAGAGUUUCAGCGCAAGGCCAAAAGUCAUCAGAAGGUCGAGAGCAUCUCCGAUAUGAAGAACUUUGUUGAAACUUAUCCUUUAUUCAAGAAAAUGUCUGGCACUGUGACGAAGCACGUGACAGUGGUGGGGGAGCUGUCAGCGCUGGUCGGAAGACAUCAUCUGCUGGAGGUCUCCGAGCUGGAGCAGGAGAUCGCGUGUCAGAGUGACCACGCAAAGCAUCUGCCGCGUGUGAAAGCUUUGAUAAGUAAAGAAUCAGUUCGCGUGUGGGACGCGGCGAAGCUGGUAGCAUUGUACGCGCUGAGAUACGAGAAGCACGCGAACAACGCGCUGCCGGCGCUGCUGGACGCGCUGCGCACGCGCGGCGCUGACGACGUGUGUGUACGCGCACCUGUACUCGCGCUGGAGUGGGGGGGAGCACACGCACGUAAGACUGAUCUCUUCGGACUUCAGGAUGCUGUCAACAUUACGAAGAGAUUGUUUAAAGGUUUAAACGGUGUUGAAAAUAUUUACACUCAACAUACACCACUUCUAAAAGAUACAAUAGAAGACCUUAUCAAAGGAAAACUACGUGAAAAUCUUUACCCUACAUUAGGUGGAGAUGAGAUCAACGGACGGAGGCCACAAGAUAUAAUCGUUUUUAUAGUAGGAGGUGUAACAUAUGAGGAGUCUCUCUGCGUACAUCAGAUAAAUCAAGCGAAUCCGGGUGUCAAGGUAGUGUUAGGAGGCACUACUAUACAUAAUUCUACUUCGUUCAUGGAUGAGAUAAAGUCAGCAAUGCAAGGUGUUCACCGGACACACACGAGACACAUUAGAAAUGUAUAAUUUUAUUUUGUAUGGAUUUCUUUAUACAGUUGUAUAAA